AUGAGUUAUAACCACCACUAAAUUGUAGAGAGAUGGUUGAGGCGAUUCAGGGGGUGUUUGAAUUUCUGUUAUGGAAGCGAUUCUCAGAUGAUAACGAUGGAAUUGCAUAAAGGAGGUGUUCAAUUGCUGAGCGUGCCUUAAAACAAAAACAUAUUCAACACAAGGAAAUACAGAGUAAAGUUCAUGAUAAUGUUAGUUAUAUAACUUUUUACCUAAAACAUUAUACUCUGCUUUGGAAAGAUUCGGAAACAUCUAUCUUUUAGGUAUUUCCUUAAUAAUGUUGAUUGAUCCAACAUUAACUCCGUUUUAUAGAUGGAUCACCAUCUUCCCUGUUGGAUUGAGUGUGAUAUUUUAUAUCCUGAUGGAAUUCAUAUUAGACAUACGUAGACAGAGUCAUGAUCAUAAAAUAAAUAUGCAAACAACAUCCAGAGGAGCUAAAGAUGGCUCACUAGAAUACAUAAAAUGGAGUGAUAUUCAAAUUGGUGAUGUUCUCUACUUGAUCAAGGGUGACAUAGUGCCUGCAGAUAUCAUCUUAUUGGACACGGGAUAAGUGAGAGAUAGAGAGGCAAUCUGCAUGGUAGACACUCAAUACUACGAUGGCAAAUCUACUUUGACCAAGAAGAAAUCAUCAUACUUGACUCAACUGAUAGUCUUAAGAACAAGAUUGAAGAAUCAAUUUCCAGAAUACAGAAAAAUGUUAACUGGAAAACUGGAAUACGAAGCACCUAAUGGGAACACUGAGAAGUUUCAUGGAAGAUUAAAAUUAAAGAAGGAUCCCAAAAACGAAGAAUUAACCAUAGACAAUUUCAUCCCCAAGGGCACAAAGAUUAAAUAGACCUCCUGGCUAUUCGGUUUAGUUGUCUACGUUGGCGAAAACACCAAAACCAUGUAGAGUAGUCAUUACAAUGCACAGAAGCAUAGUUUCGAAGAAAAGCAAUGUAACUUCUAUUCCUUCCUCAUGGCUUGCUUGUCCCUCUUCUUUACUUUGAUUUCAAUCAUCGUCCUGCUUGCGAGAUCAGAUGAAGGUAAUUUUGCCUUAUUGAUCGAUACCAACACUACCAAUGGAAUGAAGGUUUUCCAAUUGGCAAUCCUGUAUGCCUAACUAAUUCCAUCCACUCUUUAUCUACUAUUAGACUUUGUUAACUUCAUUUCACUAUUUAAAUUUGAGAUCAAUUAAAUUGAAGAUAAUAUUACCAAGUAUGUUAAAAUAAACUCGUCUAACAACUUGAGUGAUUUAGGACAUGUUGAUUACAUGUUAAUUGAUAAGACUGGCACUCUGACUACAUCAUAUUACAAAUUGGAUAAUCUUUUGUUUGGUUCCUUAUCAUUUACUUUGAAUUAUGAUUAAUUGCAAUCAACAUUGAAUUUAAAAUCUGCUAAGCCUGAGGACAAUGAGGAUCCAGUCAAAUUCGCUAGCAUUAAUGACAACAAUGAGUAUUUGAUCCCAUUUGAAUAUGAGAGAAAGAGCAGUCCUUCAGAUGUCCAGCCAAGUGGGAAAUUGUUGUUGAAAAGUGUUAAAACCUCAAAUAACAAUCCUGUGUUUAGUCAGAUAACUGCCUUGCCUUAGAAUAAGAGGAUGACGAUGUUAAAUAUGAUGGAGAAUUCACUAUAACAACCCUUGGCUGAUUAUUUGUAAACUCGAAUAUUUUUGCCUCAGCCGAAAACGAGAAAUAGUCCUGGGAACAACAAUGAUGAGUUCAUUCAAUUAGUGAAUUAAUUAAAAGCCAGUUCUCCCCAAAAGGAAUACUUAUCUACUGAUGAUAUCAAUACAUUGUAUUACGACGCAUUUCUGAAAUGCUUGAUGUUGUGUCACGAGGCUAGACCGGUGUUUGGGGCUGAUUCCAUUACUUAUGAAUCCUUUUCAAAAAACGAGGAGAUCUCCUUAACAUUUGCUCGUUCUUGUGGUUACUCACUUGAAAAUUUCAAUAAAUUUGAUAGUCCCGAUAUGUACCUAUGCAAGGUGAGAGGAAAUCCGAUUUGGUAUCAGAUAUUAGGAUUGAAUUUGUUUACAUACACCAGAAAUCUUAAUUCAGUUGUGAUAUAGGCACCUGUGACGAUGGAUUUGGAGUUGAAGCAAAAGUGCGAGGCCAUCAAUCAACUAUGCGGGGAAGGAUCGAAAAACAAUUCAUUAUUGAUUUGCAAAGGAGACUAUGAAGCAAUAAAAACUAAAUUGUAAUUAAAUCAUAAGGAAAGAGAAGAGUUAGACUCCUACAUCUAGCAUUACAAAUAGAGGGGAAUCAGGAUGAUCAUCUAUGCUACUAGAGUGUUGAGUGAGAGGGAGACUGAGAACUACAAACAAAAAUUCAAUUUGCUGCAUAGUUCUCUGACUAAUCAAGACAUAUUGCUUGAACAAUUGGCAUUAGAAUAUGAAAAAGAAUUGAAUAUUAUGGGGAUGAUUGGAUUUAAAGAAGAAUUGAAAAACGAUGCCUUAGAUUUCAUCAAGACAGUGAAGGAUUGCAAUAUCAAUAUUUGGUUGUUGAGUGGAGAUUAGGAAGUGUAAACAAUCAGUUGUGCAUAAUCUCUGGAAAUGACUGAGACAUCAAAAUACCUGAGGAUUGUGGCCACAGAGAAAGAAUAGAUAUGGCUACAGAUCAAUACAGCAAUAGGACAGAUCUAAAGUGAAUUACAGAAAAUUCAAGAGAAGUAAUAAGAUAAGCAUUAGGAUGAGAACUUGAUGGUUAGAAGUAUGAUUAAAUCGAGUGUCACUCUUUUUGAAGGAGCCUCUUAUUAACAAGUCUUGCAAUUUGUUCUGAUUGUCAAUGGCCAUUCUUUAUCCUUGAUAAGUGAAUCAGCUGAUUUGAUGAGUCAUUUCAGAUUCUUAUCUUGUGUAUGUAAGAAUGUAAUAGGGUUCAAUAUGAAUCCAUAAUAAAAGGAAUUAGCUUGUUUGAUUAUUCGUAAUUACUUUCCUAACAACCCUACUGUUCUUGGUGUGGGAGAUGGAUACAACGAUGCAUUGAUGAUGCAGGCUGCCAAUGUCAGUAUUGAGAUCAUAAACAGCAAAAGAAAUCACAUUUACCCUCAAGUAAAUGCAGGAGACAUAAGCGUAAAUACUCUUUCUGAAAUCAAAGUACUCUUAUUGUAGAAGUGUAAAUUGCACAGUGAAAGAGUGUCAGCCAUGAUCAUCUAUCUGUUUUAUUGUGCUGGUUUCUUAGGAAUGACACUCUUCUUUUUCAAUUGGUUCUGCCAAUUCACAGCCACAUCAUUGCAUGAUUCAAUGACAGUAUUUCUAUACAUCUUUUUGUACACUACUCCCAAUGCGUUAGUCAUCGGUUUAGCUGAUAAAUAAAGUCAGCCUGCCGUGAAUGCUAGGUUUCCAGCUUUCUACAUUGAUGGAUAAAUCAGAACUCGCAGAUUCUGGUUCUUUUAUCUCAUUGAAGGUUUCUUAGAGUCCUUCAUAAGUGCAGCCUAUACAUUUUAUGCUUGUACCUACAUGGUUAAUUAUGCAUGGACAAAUGAUGGUCACUAAUCUGAUAUUCAAAUGGUAGCAACAUCAAUCAUUUAUUUACUUAUCACUGUGUCGAGUCUUAAAGUGUUGUUCAGACUGUUCUACAAUAAGGUGAACAUAGUGAUAAUAGUCUUCCUAUUUACUUUUGGAUUGUUGGUAGGAUUUGUUUUCAUCAAUUAUCGGAGAGAUUUCAGUAAUUUUGAUUAUUAGGAAUUGACUUAUUAGUUAUUUACAAGAUUCAAUAGCAUUGUCGCCAUGGUAUUUAGUCUCAUAGGUUGCUACUUUAUCAAUUACUUUUUACAUAAUUUUAUAAAAUUGAUAUACUUUCCAAAUGCAUAUUAGUAAUUUGCAUUCUAAAAUACAACAGGCACAGAAUGGGAAAUUAUUAGAAACUAAGAGAUUUUGCAUCAAUGUCUAGAUUAACAUGUGUAAAUAAUUAAUAAUAUUAAACAAUAGUAAUGUGUCUUCAAUCAUACAGAAUUUGUUCAUUGAUUGCUCAGCAACUUCACCUUACAUCUAGGAGAUGCUGAAUCCAGGAGACACCAAAGUAACCGAAAUGAAAUUGAAGCCUCUCACACUUGAGAUGAAGGAAUUGGUUCUGGAAUAAAAGUUUUUAGCCCACAAAUUGAUGCAAUCUCUGAAGCAUUUAAGACUCUUCUUAUGCAUCCUAUUAAUAUACUACAUAGCAUAUUGUUUGACAGACUUCUUUAUGACGGAUAAAAGAGUCUUUACGGGAGCAUACUAUUUGGUCGUAUUUGGAAUAAUCUUUUUUAUAAUACUGUUUUCUUGUAGUCAGGCGAUGGAACUGUAGUAUUAUACUUACUCUCAUCUAAUAGUGCUGAUCAUAUUUGCCAUUAAAGUGGCGAUAGAUUGGUUAUCAGAUGAUCUGACCAUAACUCUAUCCGCCACCAUAGUGAUCCUAUUCAGUACAUUUAAUUCGAUGAAUAUGAGUGUGAUUCCAAUAAUGUUGUACAAUGUCUGUUAUUUGAUUCAACUCAUUGUAAGAAUCUUGAUAGUUGUGAUUUCAACAGAUCUCAGUACCUCUAAUGGAACCUAUUCUCAAAGUAGAGUGUCUGUGUAUGCAGCCAGCACUCAGAUUCUGUUGGUUGUGAGUAUCACUAUUCGAUUUUUGUUCAGUUAUUACAAAUCUAUAAAACAUAGAAGAAACGAUUAUUUAGCAAAGUAUCAAAUUGAGCAGGAUAAUGUGGCUGCCCAAGACAUACUGAGAAUAUUGGUGCCUGGAUUUGUGAGACAACAGAUUUAAACAGGCACAUUUUCAAUGCAACAGGCUUAGGAUGAUGUUUCAAUAUUGUUUGCUUACAUCUGUGAUUUUGACACCAUAAUGAAGGAGGAAGGCAAGAAUGUGGUGUUGAUGUUGGAUUCAUUGUUUAGAUUGUAUGAUAAUUUGUGUAUUCAACAUGGAGUGCAGAAGAUUGAAACUGUUGGGUAUACAUACAUGGCUGCCACAGGAAUUAAGGCAUGCGAAUAAAAUAUGACAGCUCAUGUGACAAGGAUAGAGAAGACUAUGAGAUUAGUUAAUAUGGCAUUCGAUAUGAUGUAGUAAGUGCAAGGGAGAAAGUAUGGAAAGGGUAAUCAAAUUGAGAUGAAGAUUGGAAUACAUGUGGGUCGAGUCAUUGCAGGUGUGAUAGGUCAUCAUAAACCGCAAUUUUCUUUGAUAGGUGAUCCUGUCAAUCAGACUAGUAGAGUGGGUUCCACUGGAGAUACAGGAGCUAUAACAUUGAGUGAGUAGGCUUUUAAAUAGGCAAGACAUGGGAUCAAGUACUAUGAGAAGAAAUAGAAGGAAGCUAAAGGUUUAGGAAUCAUAGACACUUAUCAAGUUUUCAAGACUAAACCAGCUGGUUAUUAAAUACCAAAGGCAUUUCAAUUGUGGUAAAAUUGUACAAAGCUAGUGGUGAAAGAAUUACGGUAGCAUAGAACUUCAGGAACCAAAAAAUAAGGAUAAUUUUUAUCAUAAUUACAGAACUCAAUAUACCAGGACAAUUUGCAAAAAUCAAAUAGACUUGAUGCAUCCCCUAGAGGACAGUAGACAGUUCAAAUUUUACUGCCUCAAGGAGGGUCAGCUCAAGAAGAAAUUAGAUCAAGGUUAACUAUUCCAGCACAAAUAACUGAGCAAAUAUUAACUGAUGAUUCAAUUUUGAUUACAAACGAAUAGGAAGAGAAAGAAUUAGAAUUAAUUAAACCAAAUCUUAUAUUAGAUAUACCAGAGAAUGAGAUAAAAUCGAAUUUCUAUUAAAUUCUCAAGGAAUAAAAUGUUGAUGAAUCUAGAAUAGGUAUGAUAUUUUUAUGGAUAACUUAUUUUGUAAUUACUCUGUUGUCAAUUAUAGUUCGUAAAUUGUUUAAGCAUGACUUAUUGAUCUUCGUCUUGAGAGUAAUAGUUUAAUAUUUAUAUAUAGGCUAUUUUCCUGAUUUUAUCAUUUGUUCUAUUCCCAAUUCUGUCAAAAGCUUAUAGAAACAGAACAGUGAAUACUACGUAUUACCUAUUACUCAUUUAUGCUAUCUUCACUGUGCUCUUCUAGGCAUAUUUAACUGACAAUAGAGAAGUAGCAAUUAUUUGUCUCCUUGAAAUACUGUACAUAAUGAUUGUGUCCUGCUAGAUGAAGAUGUUUUCUUUUCUGUAGGUAAUACUCUACAUGAUGAUCAUGUUUGGAUUAUUCUUAGGAUUCUACAUCUCUACUGACUUAAUCACUCAUUAUGCGAUUUUCUAUAUUUGUUGUUGCAUGCUCAUUCUAUUACUAGGUUACUAUCUCGCAAUGAGUGAAUAGAUACAAAUGUUCAACAAUCUAUAGAUCAAUGAAGAGAAGAAGGUCAAACGAAUCAAUCUUGUAAGUUAACUGUUGCCUAUGCAUUCCUACCUCAAAAUGAAGAACAGUUCCAUCUAUGAUAAGAGUGACUUCAUAGAUGAGUUUGAUGACGUGACUCUCCUCUUUGCUGACAUCAAAGGUUUCACAGAGUACUCUCACACUCAGAGUCCAGAAGGUGUCGUACUCAUGUUGAGAAAUCUCUUCACUGAAUUCGAUAAACUAUGUUAAAGAUACAAUGUCUACAAAAUGUACACCAUUGGCGAUUGUUAUGUUGUCAUGGGAUUCACUAAUAGUGCCAAACGAAAUGUAUUCUCUCAUAUCCAUUUAUGUAGCCUAUCCAAGAAGCCAUUAAUACUGUCAAAAUGGGAUUUCAGAUGGUCGAUAUCAUCAUGUCUGUGAGGUAGAAGAUCCAAUUUGACAAAUUGAAUAUGAGAAUAGGUAUUCACACUGGUUAGGUAACUGGAGGUAUCAUUGGAACUGAUAUUGUCAGAUAUGAUAUCUAUGGAAAAGAUGUCUCCAUUGCUAAUAAAAUGGAAAGCAGUGGAGUGGAAGGAAGAGUCCAAAUCUCUGAAACAACUAAAUUGAUGAUAGAGAGAGCUGGGAAACAUGCUUUCAACUUCAAAUUCCAUCAUGUAAAAUACGAGUUUGUAUCUUUAGGAUGUUGAGUUGAACAAAUUCAAUAUGAACAUCAAAGGAUUUCUUGUGGAUUGGGACAAAAAAAGAGAAGAAGCCAGUCUGGAUCAAUACAGAUCGCCAAGUCGCCAUUUAUGA